AUUUCGACUGCGCUUUUCUUCGUUUCUGAACUUUGAAUUUUUUUCAUUUGUUUCGCUUCUCACUUUUCACUCAUCACUGUAAAGUUAUUCGAAGACCUUACCUACCCGACGAAUUUGAGUACAUCUUUUCACAUUGAAAGACUUUCUCGAUCAUACUUCUCGCUUCAGAUCACUCUUCACUGUAAAGUUAUUCCGAAGACCUUACCUACCCGACGAAUUUGAGAAUAGCUUUUCACAUUGGAAACUUUCUCGCUUCAGAUACAAUCUGCACCCACAGCAAAGAUCUCAGCAGAUUGAAACUUCAAGAUGUCGUCGCCGCGGAGACCAACUUUCCCUUUGUCAAUCCGGCAAAACGAGCCGCAGGACGUCAACGAGCGUUCAGAAAGUCAAGUCCAGACAAUGGAUUGGCGAGAAGAGGAAGAGCGUCGUUUCGCUAGAGAAGAUACGGAACGUCGCCAGCAGCGAUUUGAACAAAGAGCAGAAAUCAGACGCCAAACAUCAGCAAGGAGCCAACGAACCACACUAAGCACCGCGACAGCUACUACAUCAAACGCUCACCAAUUUAACAGCUUGCUUACAUCGCCGUCACGAGCGUUUCCAGGCCUGGGGCAACCCUCAGAGGAGCAACUCGAGGAAGAAAGACGGACGUUUGAUCGAAAUGCAGCAGCAACGCGAUCUGAGAUAGCACAACUUAAUGAAAGAGCUCAAGCAUCUCGGGCCAGUCUAGAAGCUCAGAGAGAACGUUGCGAGCGAGCGCUUGCAAACUUGGAGCGAGCGAGACUCGAAGCAGUAGCCGUAGCAGAGCAAUAUGCCCAACGGUCAAGGGAAGCCAAUAGGGGUCGCGUAGCUACUGCGGGACAAGUCAUAUAUUCAGAGCCGAGACAUGCACAUGUAUUGGCAACUCCUCGAAGACCUCUCGAGAACCCGCUUGAACCUGUCAGACCUCGACGACACAGACUUGAAGGUGCAGCAGAGGCAAUGUUUACGGCUAACCGGCCACGAGUUACUGCUGGACGACCGAUCUCUUAUGAUGCACCGGGCACCCGUAGGAGAGAGGUUGCAGAUCGACAACAGCAAUCAGCUCAACGGCACAGAUUCACAAUCCCUCUUGCUGGCGAGCGUUUCGAAGUACCACCCCGACAAGAGCAGCAAAGGUCGACUAAUACAAAUAGAAGAAACCAGGAUCAAGAAAACUCGGAGUUCCUUAUCACGCAUUUGCAACAACAUAUCCGAGAAUUCGAACAAGGAGAAAGACUUUUCCCACCCAUAACACCUUUCAGAGAAGCCAACAAUCACUUCGAGGCAUCACAAACGCAACAGGAGCCUGUGCCAGCUUUCAAUCCUCCCUUGAUGUCGACACUUCAACAAGUCGUACGACAACAAGCAAGAGAAGAUACAUUGGCAGCUGCUGGAUUCGUUUUAAGCGAUGGUGACGAGGAGUUUGAUCGCAGUUGGCCCAUAUUUCGAGAACUUCCAGAGACUCGAGCACAAACAACAGAGGACUCAUUUGCAGAUACAAGAUUUCCGACUACUUGGGAUAAUCCAGAACCCAGUUCAUAUUCUGCGGCACAACCACCCACAGGUGCUACAGGACUUUCGACGAUGUUCAGUGAGGCACGUAGAGGGGCCAUUGCCAAUUUACCUCCUUUGCAACUACCAGAUCGCCGCCGAUAUUCUCUUGAUUCCAUCGAAGCACCGUCUUCAUUUGAGAACUACUUGACAACAUCACCAACUAGAACCCCUCUCCCACGACAAGAACUUGACCCACAGCCCCCGAGCUUCUAUGGCCGUUCAUCUCUAACCUUCCCCGACUCUCCUUACUCAGACACCACUUCCGAAUAUUCUUCUUCUACCCUCGAAGAAGAAGAAGAAGAAGAAGAAGAUACCCGACAAUCACCACCACCCUCACCCAUCGACCGCACAGAACUCCUAUCUCAAUACCAAGCCUUCGUACUCCAAUACUCGCACACCCUACACCGCUACGCAAUCUCGAUCCACCAACCCGGCCUCGACAUCGGCCGCCCACUCCCACCCACAUCGACCCUCCGCCCCAUCGGCGCGCACUUCUACACCCCCUCUCUGUCCCGCCACCGCGAAGGCAUUGCCCUGCUACAGACGUUCAUCCGUGCUUGGCAGCUUCAGAUGGAUACGCCGACCUUCGGCUCCGAGCGUGAUCAAGAGAGGUUCUGGGCCUUUGGGGAGUUGUUGAUGAGGGAGGAGAUGCGGGAGGAGAGGGAGGCGUGGAGGGGGGUUGUAGAGUUGCAUUUUGGGUUUGAUUUUUUGGGGUAUGAUGAGGAGGAGAUUGGGGGCGCGGAUAGUGAGGAUAUGGAUAUUGAGGACUUUGACACUGAGGGCGCGGAUGUCGAGAUGGAGGGGAUGAGGUGGGAGGAUGAGGAGGGCAGGGAGAAUUUGUUUAUCGUCCGGACAUUCCUAAUCAUCUAG